UGUUAGCCCAAGAGAGUGAGCCCAGUCAAUAUGAAGUUACGACAGCAUGUUUAGAGGAACUGCAGCAGAAAGCUAUGGCGGAAGAACCGAAACCCCCACAACCUUCCGAUCCUCCAUUACCGUUUGAUCCUAGUCGGAUGGUCGGUAUCAUCAAGAGGAAGGCGUUAAUCAAAGACCUAGCAGCGGUGUACCAUGCCGAAUGACUUGCUUACUGUCAAGAGCUUUUGGAACUUCAAACCAAAUGGGAAGAGCCAUUUAUCGACUUAAAAACUCCAGAGGAAUCAAAAAAGGAGACGGCACGAUCCUCUAAACGUGCAAAAAAGUUGCGAUAGGUGUCAUCUGCAUCAUUUUAUUAUAUUGGAAAGCUGCGUGGUUCGUUAGAUUUUGUCCAUUUCAGGCCUUCAGAAGAAUACCUUAUGUUCGCUGUUAGUGUUGAUGUACUAUCAGAGCACGUAUUUGACGUAGUAUUGAUGUGCUUUUUCAAUGCUAUUGACUGAGACGUCAAGUGAGAUUUCAUCCAUCAGUUUGCAGUUAUAGAGCAUUUCUCCACUGCUCGACGAAAAAUAGAUAAAUGAGCAAUAUAAUUUUUGUUUGGAAUGAUGUAUAGAAUAUUCAGCCCUGCAUUCAGAUUUGGGGUUCAAUCCAUUGUCAAUAUAUUUUAGCAUGCUUUGCUAUUC